AUGUUUGUGGAAGACUUAAACGAAUACAUUAAAAAUGAACAACUUACAACUGAACAAAUUUAUAAUGCAGACGAAACCGGUCUAUUUUGGAAGUGUUUGCCCCAAAAUUCGUUGGCGAGUGGUGAUGAAUAUUCUAUUGAGGGGUACAAAGAGUCCAAGGAAAGAAUCACAGCUUUACUUUGUGCAAAUGCAGCUGGGACUCACAAGUUUUAUAAGUCUAAUAAGAGAGCUUGGGUAACACAAGAGCUAUUUCUGGAGUGGUUUAACAACAAUUUUGUACCAGAGGUAAGAGAACAUUUACAACGCAUUGGUCUCGAAAAGAAUUGCAAAGUUCUUUUGCUAUUAGACAACUGUCCAGCACACCCGGAUGUAAAUGCAAUGAUAUCUGAUAAUGUUACAGUAAAAUAUCUACCACCGAAUUGUACAUCUUUGAUUCAGCCUAUGGAUCAAGGAGCCAUUCGGAGUUUCAAAUGCCAGUACCGUAAAUUUAUCGUGCAAAAACUUGUGGAUUCUAAUAGUCGACACGAAUUUGUUAAAUCUUUGAACAUUAAGUCAGCUUUAUGGACAGCAGCGACUUCGUGGGAUUCUGUAACCCCACGUGUUUUAAAUAAAGUUUGGAAUAACUUACUAUCUCAAGAUGAUGAAAAUGAUUCAACUUUUAGUUUUGAGAUACAAUCAGAUGUAUUAAUACCACCUGGUUUUACAGCUGAUGCUAUCUCAAAGUGGAUGGAGUGCGAUAUUGAUGUCGCACCGUUUGCUAUUGUAUCUGAUGAUGAAAUCGUUAACAUGGUCAAUCAAACAGAAGAAUAUGAGCUUGAGUCAAAUUCAGAGGAAUCAGAUGGAGGUAAUACGGUAGAAACCCCCACAUUAGCUCAAGCAAUAGAGGCUAGUAGUGUUUUGUUAAAGUUCUUAGAAAACUAUACUGGUACAGCAGCCAAUCAUAACACGAAUGCUCUCUCGAGUUUAUCGUAUGUACGCAUAGUUCACAACAUUGUUGGUGCCAGUACUAGCACUUCUUUGCGUAGUUCUACUGCUGCUGUCGCAGCUGCUGCUGAUCUAUCACCUUCACGCUCUGUUUAUGCAGCUGAGAAUGCUGCACCGAUGUCCGAAGCUGUUGUUGUUAGUGCUGCUGUUUCUGAUACGGCUGGUUGUCAGCAAACGAAUAUUCUCUCGGCUUUGUCACAUUCUAGUUAUUUUAUUGGCAAUGAUGCUUCUACUUUUUUGCUGCUGUUGUUGGUCUGA